GCUAGUGUUCAAACUGGCCAAUGACAUACUUUUACUGCUUUGUCUUUUGGCAGUGUGAGAUCUGCGUGGAAUUUGCAGUUUUGAUGCUAGGCUGGAAAAAAGGCGGCAAUUUUAUUCUUAAAAAAAUAUUUUACCUGGAAUAUUUUGUUUUACAUAACCAACGCUAAUUAUAACGAUGACAGGAUCAAAUGAAUUUAAACUUAAUCAAGGUCCUGAAGAUGGUGUUUCAGCAGUCAAAUUCAGUCCUAGCACGGCACAGUUCUUACUGGUAUCUUCCUGGGAUUCAACUGUGCGUUUGUUUGAUGUUGCUGCCAAUUCAAUGAGGAUGAAAUAUCAGCACUCUGCUCCAGUCCUUGACUGUGCUUUUUAUGACCCAACACAUGCUUGGAGCGGUGGAUUAGACUGGCAGCUAAAAACACAUGACUUAAACACAGAUCAGGAAACUAUUGUAGGAGCUCAUGAUGCUCCUAUACGAUGUGUGGAGUUCUGUCCUGAAGUUAAUGUGAUGGUAACAGGUAGCUGGGACAGAUCAGUAAAGCUUUGGGAUCCAAGGACACCUUGUAAUGCUGGGACUUUCUCUCAACCUGAAAAGGUUUACACCUUGUCAGUUGCGGGAGACAGACUUAUUGUUGGAACUGCUGGUCGGAGAGUGCUUGUUUGGGACCUUCGGAACAUGGGUUAUGUGCAGCAGAGGAGAGAGUCUAGCUUGAAAUACCAGACUAGGUGUAUUCGAGCUUUUCCCAAUAAGCAGGGUUAUGUCCUGAGCUCAAUUGAAGGUCGUGUUGCAGUUGAAUAUUUGGAUCCUAGUCCAGAAGUACAAAAGAAGAAAUAUGCCUUCAAAUGCCACAGGUUAAAGGAAAAUGGCAUUGAGCAGGUCUACCCAGUCAAUGCUGUUUCAUUCCACAGUGUUCACAACACUUUUGCUACAGGUGGUUCAGAUGGAUUUGUCAAUAUCUGGGAUCCGUUCAACAAGAAGAGAUUGUGCCAGUUUCAUCGCUACCCUACCAGCAUUGCUUCUCUGGCAUUUAGUAAUGAUGGGUCAACAUUGGCCAUAGCUUCUUCUUACAUGCAUGAAAUGGGGGAUAUUGAACAUCCUGAAGAUGCAAUUUACAUUCGCCAAGUUACUGAUGCUGAAACAAAGCCCAAGUCAACUUAACUACCAGUCAUAAAGUUGUAUCCAUUUCUCUUUGUGAACCCUUAAGCCAGUUGUUUGUUUCUUCAUUGGUUUUUGGGAAUGUCUGCUGUUCUCUAGCCUGAAUUAUAUUUGUGAAGACCUCUCGUUCCCCUCCAAGUCUUGCUCUUUCCUCCUGCACCUCUUUUUAUGUAUUUUCUAAAUUUCUAAAAUAAGAGUUUUAAUUAUAAGGCAAAAAAGUAAGUAAUUUCAGGUCUCUAAUACAGUACUUGUAAAUUUUGUAUAAUUUCACUGUACUAUUGUUUUGAUAUUGCUCAGACACUGACUUUCCAUAGUAGUUUUAAAACUGAUAAAAAUAAAUUUGAUCUUUUUUCUGUA